AAAAUGUUUUUUUAUGUUUUUCAGGUUGGUGGUGAAUCGACCAAUCACCUGCAUCCUGUGUGACCUCAUUGAUCCGUCCUCAGCAGCAGAACAUCUGUCAUCGAUCGCUCAUCCUGGAUUAUUGAACCUGAUUGGACCAAAGAUCAACGAGGCGAUUAAAAACCUGCAUCUUCUGAUUGAGCUGAUUUGAAUUAGUCUGCAGAUUCGUUACAAAGGCCGUGAUUAAUCGGACAAAACGAGAGACUCUCUCUGAUUGGUCCGUGGGUCAUUGAAGGAAAAAAAAGAGGCAACCAAUGGCAGCGUCAGAACUGAUCCAAGGCGAUGACGAUGACAACCGUCCUCAUUUGGAAGUCGCAACAGUGAGUCCCCCCACACCCCCCCGUCCUCCGAGGCUUUCCAACGGUAACCCGCCUCGCCACGCCUCCUUGCCACCUCCGCCCACAGAGACCCACGAAGGCAAGAAAGAGGAAUGCAGCAAACUGAGCGGCCUGUUCCAGCAGAACCAGCUGAUCCACUCGCUGAGCAGGGGACUCAGGAAACACUGCGACUACACCAAGAUCAGCGUGCCCGAAGAACGAGCCGACCGCCUCCCCUCCGAGUGGUGGAAGACGGGCGUGGCCUUCCUCUACGCCUUGUUCAACCUGGUCUUCACCACCGUCAUCAUCACCGUCGUUCAUGAGAGGGUGCCGGACAAGUCGGUGAGCCCGCCACUGCCAGACAAGUUCUUUGACUAUGUGGACCGGGUGCCCUGGGCGUUCACCGUCACCGAGGUCAACGGGCUGAUCCUCAGCGGACUGUGGCUCGUCCAGUGGCUCUUCCUCAAACACAAGUCUAUAAUUCUUCGUCGCUGUUUCUUCCUGAUCGGGACUCUCUACAUGUAUCGCUGCGUCACCAUGUACAUCACCACCCUGCCUGUGCCGGGGAAACACAUGGUGUGCGCUCCCAAGCUCUACAACGACUCGACAGGGAAAAUCUGGAGGAUUCUACAGCUGAUUUCAGGAGGAGGUUUGUCUCUUACCGGCUCUCACCUGAUGUGUGGUGACUUCCUGUACAGCGGCCACACCGUCAUGUGUACGCUGUCCUACCUCUUCAUCAAAGAGUACUCCCCACGCUGGAUGUGGUGGUAUCAUUGGCUCUGCUGGCUGCUCAGCGCCUCUGGAGUCCUCUGCAUCCUGAUUGGUCACGAGCACUACAGCAUCGACGUGUUGAUCGGAUACUUCGCCACCACCAGGACCUUCUGGUGGUACCACACUAUGGCCAAUACACAUGCGCUUCGUCAAGCUUCAAACAACUACUUGUCGCAGACCUGGUGGAACCCGAUCUUUAACUUUCUUGAGAGGAACGUUCAGACGCCAGUUCCCAUCGUGUUCUCGUGGCCUGUUAACCUGCCGUCCUCCUGCAGACAGCGAUACAAGAUAGUGGAGGGGGGCAGGGACGAGUGAGCAGCGGGACACCUGACUGCUGUUUGAACUUUAACAGGUUCUGUCUUCUUACUGAGGACAAACAGAGGAGAACAAAGGAUGAAUCGUUUACAGUGCAUCAUCACCUGUCAUUUAUAAAUCAUAUAAUAACCUACAUAGUGACAUUGCUGUAAGACUUCUACUUCAGUCUGAAGAGUUACCUGUGAGACGUCACAGGAACAUCACUACACGUUGAAAUAACUGUUGAGUUAAAGCCAAACCUUCGAAUACAAGUUUCACUUCACUACAAGAUGUUACACGCCAACCAGCUGCCAAAUGAUCUGAAAACCACAUAUUUCUCUGUAAUACAAGUUGUUUUAUAAGCAUUUAAAAUGAACAUCAACAUCAAACCAUUUCUCUCUGAGCGAUGGAGUGAUACUUUGUGCUUUUAAGUUUGAUACAGCUAACAAAGUAAAACAUAAAAAACUUUUCAAAAUACCAUUCAGUCUAAGAAAUAAAAUGCAGCGUAUUCAAACAAAAAACAUGAGACUACAAUUUAAAGGAGCAAUAUGUAACUCUGACACCUAGUGUUUAAAAAUGGGUACUGCGGUCCAAAUUCAAUCACAGCUGUCAAUCAUGGCAUUGUAUACCUAUUAAGAGCAUCAUAAAACUCGAAAAGCAACCUUUAUUUUCAUUUUCAAGUUUGACCCAUGUCCCAUUUGUUUUCACUGAGAAGGCGGAGCUUAUGACCUACACUGCAGCCAGUCAGAAGGGGGGGCGCCAAAUGUUUUGGCUUCACUGUCCAAGAAUGGUUCUAUCGUCCGUUUUCUCAUACAGUCUAUGGCAUUCAGUGUAUUUCUUUAGUGAGUAAAGAUUACUAACUUCAGAGAAAUAUGUUAAGCAACAUCUAUUAAAGGUAAAAGAGAAAAUCGUGUAAUUAUUCAUAGAGAAGCUAGAGGGUGAGGACCAAAGCUACCAUGCUAGCUACUUAUCAUUCUCAGGGCUAACUUUUCAGAGUCUAUCGUACUGAAUUGACGCUGUUAGCCAAAUGCUAACCACACAAAAAAAAUUUGAAUGUACCACAGAGAAAACUGACUAAAUGUUUACGUAUUGAGAUUAUUAAAAGAGAUUGUGGUUUGUCAGCUAACCAGCUAGCUAGAUAGCUUCUACUAGCUAAACUACAGCAUCAUCACAUUCCAAGUGCUAACUCAAUUUGGUUCCACUUCAGUGUGAAAAGUCACAAGUGUAUUUAAUGACUGUUGUUGUACAUGUCUUCCUAAACUUGAUUAUUUUUGUUUUAAGUUAUAUUUUCAGAUGUGUAAAGUUCGGACACACUGAGCUUCAGUGUCCUGUUUUUAUGUUUUCUAUGUUCUUUUUGUACUUUUUGUAAAUUGAAACAAUAACUUGAAAAGUUCCUUAAACUGCUGCUGCUGAAAGUAUGAUUAAUGAAGACGUUUUUUCUGUAAAGCUUCAGUUACUCGUAUUCAAGUGUUACCUGAUGUUUCAUGUUGUCAGAGUUUAUUUUGUUUGAAAUGAUAAGAUGAUUAGUCUGAUAAUAGAAGAUUCAUUUUUAGUCAAGAAGUGGUAUUUAUUAAAGAUGUGUUGUAAGUAAAACAAA